CACAUCAUAACCAUCCAAGGUUGUGUGUCUCAUUCUCCCUGUUGCGCUUUUGGAUGUUGGGGCUCUUCAGAUCGGCUCUACUCCACUGAAAUUCAUCCGCCGCGCCGUCAGGAGGUCGUCCGCAGUCGCCGCCGGUGUCAGCAGCCAGCCUUCCUCCACCUCCCACCGGCAAGUGGUUGUCAGAGGUGGUGUUUCAAUUCAAUGGCUGUUUCCUACGUUCACAUGCUUCAAUCUGCCAGAGGUUUCCACAAAUGCAACCUCUCAUUUUCCAGUCAUGAGUAUCCUAGACGCAGUUACAAGACCCACCACUUAGUUUUCGCUUCUAUGCACACAUCAAACCCCAAGGUAGACUCAUUUCUGGACAGUUUAAAAUGGGAUGAUAAAGGUUUGGCUGUGGCAAUAGCUCAGAAUGUUGACACAGGAGCCAUCCUAAUGCAAGGCUUUGCAAAUAGAGAAGCAGUGGUUACAACCAUAUCUUCUCGCAAGGCCACAUUCUAUAGCCGGUCACGAUCAGCAUUGUGGACGAAAGGAGAGACCUCUAAUAAUUUUAUCAAUGUUCAUGAUGUCUUUCUUGAUUGUGAUCGCGAUUCCAUAAUAUACCUUGGAAAACCUGAUGGGCCUACCUGCCACACAGGAGCAGAAACAUGCUACUAUACAUCAGUCUUUGACUUGUUAAAAGAACAAGAGGCUGAUGGAAAUAAAUUGGCAUUAACUUCUUUGUAUGACUUAGAGUCUACAAUAUCCCAGCGCAAAGCAGAGUUAGCAGAAGUAGAAAAUGGAAAGCCUUCUUGGACAAAGCGAUUAUUGCUUAAUGAUGAGUUGUUGUGCUCUAAAAUCAGAGAAGAGGCAAAUGAGUUGUGUCAAACACUAGAGAGUAAUGAGGACAAGUCGCGUACUGCUUCAGAGAUGGCUGAUGUACUGUACCAUGCCAUGGUUUUGAUGGCACGGAAAGAUGUCAAAAUGGAAGAUGUUUUGCAGGUUCUUCGGCAAAGAUUUUCCCAAUCUGGUAUUGAGGAAAAGAGAAGUCGUGCGUCCCAGAAAUCAGUGGACGGGUGAGUGUUUUCCCAAUAUAUAUAGCUUGUGUUCUUACCUAUGUAACUCUGGUUGAGUUAGGGUAACUUUUGUUCAAUAGAGUUCAGUUGAGAAUGUCAAGAACACCAUGUAAGAUGUAACUGUCAUUCUUCAUUUUCCAGAGUGAUGUUUUACUCAUUUCCAGAGGUUUUUAGUUAAUUGUAUUUACAAUUUUACAUGCAAGGUUGCAUGCUUAAAUAGCGCAAA